AUGUCUGAAGGCGCGAGUGCAGACGCUGCGGUCGAACAGGUGACACAGGAAGUGAAGGACGUCAAGCUGGAGAACGGGUCCGCUCCUGGUGCAGUCAAUGGAACGGGCAACAAAGCUGAAGGGGCCAUCUCUCUAAAGGAUGCGUUCAAAGCUUUUUCUAAAUUUGGGGAUCCAAAAUCGGAUGGUAAAACGAUAACAUUGUCACAAAGCGACAAAUGGAUGAAGCAAGCAAAGGUAAUUGAUGGAAAGAAAAUCACUACGACAGAUACCGCGAUUCAUUUCAAAAAACUAAAGACUCUGAAGCUUGGCAUUGAUGACUACCAGAAAUUCCUGGAAGAUUUGGCUAAAAGUAAAAAGGUGGAGUUAGAAGAGAUCAAGAAGAAGCUCACGAGCUGUGGGCAGCCGGGCGUCUCAUCACACGUGACCAAGUCUCCAGCGGCCGCAGCAGCAGUUGACCGGUUGACAGACACCAGCAAGUACACGGGCUCCCACAAGCAGAGGUUCGACGAGACUGGCAAAGGCAAGGGCAUCGCUGGCAGGAAGGACCUGGUCGAUGCCUCGGGCUACGUGUCUGGCUACCAGCACAAGGACACGUACAACAAGUCCCACUAG